GCCGCGAGGGGGAGCCGGCACCGCCGGAGCCGCCGCGCCGGGGGAGCUCCAGGCCGCUGGGCCUUGCCGGGCCGCGCCGUUGCGGCAGCAUGUGGGGCGCCCGGGCGGCGGCAGUGCCGGCGCCAGGAUGGUGCCGGGCGCUGCGCAGCUCCGCCGCCCUGGGCGGCUCCAGGAACCUGCUGAAGAAAAUGCUCCGUAAAAAGAAAAAGAAGUUUUGGUACGACAGCCCGACCCUGGGGUCUAAAAUGAUGUAUGAACCAACCAAGUUGGCCUCUGUAAUGAAAGAUGAGCAGACAAAAACUAGGAGAGAAGAUAACAUACGCUGCAGAGUCUUGAAUGGUCUUAUUCAUAAAGCUGUGGCAGAGAUGAUGACUACCUGUGAAGUUAAUCAAGAACUUUAUGAUCUCAAGCUGGAAAUCUGCAAGGUGUCGCUGGCAUCAAACUUUUCAGCAUGUCGUGUGUACUGGAAUCCUGCUGCCACUACGGAGAAAGACAGUUAUAUUGAAAGUGUACUGCAGAAGAGUGCUCCACGUAUACGGUAUCUUCUGAUGAGUCAGCAGAUUCUAGGAAACGUACCCCCAAUAGUAUUUGUAAAAGACAAAGAAGCUGCAGUUGUAAAAGAGAUUGAGGAAUUAUUGUCAAGGGCUGAUUUUGGACCUCCAGAAGAAGAAGAAAUAUCUCAAAAUGAUUCUAGUGAACUGGUCUCUUCAACAACUCAAUCUUCAGAUUCACCCAUGCGGUCUAACCUUUUUGGUAUUGAUCAUGAACUGCUGAAUAAGCAAAUAAUGGACUACAAAAGACUGAAAGUGUCAAGAGAUAUAGAAAGCGCUGCCUGGACAGAAGAGCAGGAGCAGCAGCUUUCUAAGAUUAAAAAGAAAAUGAAGAAGAAAAAAACAAGGAAUCCUCCUGAUGAUGACAUUACGCCACAGAAAUACUUAUUGGACAGAUAUGAAGCUGAUUACUGGAAUGAUAAUACUGAGUCGGUCUCGGACUAUGAGCUGGAGGAUGAAUUACAGGAAGAGGUAAAUGAAUUGGAGGCGAAUGAUGGCAAAACUCUUAAGUCAGACUACUGAUAAACUGAAAUGAAGUGAAAAAGCCACUCCCUUCAAAAUGGAGGCUGCCAAUAGCAAAAAAAAAAAAAAAAAAAGACUGCCAUAGAUACCGAAAGAUUAGUUUGGUAUAGACUGUUUACCACAUCCUCUUUCAGACUAAUAGAUUUGCCACACGUGGGGAGGUUUACUAGCACAAGAUAUGUAAGAAAACCAAAAAUGCUAUUUGUGACAUUCUGUUAAACAGCUUUCAAGCUGCUGCAGUUGUAGGACUUUCAACCAGAAAACAGUUUUAUAAUAAGAAAACAUACAUAGUGCAGCACUGAGUUAAAAAUUCUUGCAGUUCUGUUGAUUAUUUCAAAUAAAAUUAUGGUUUCUGUGUUGAAAUAAUUAUAUUUUUUUUGAGUGAUCUGGAUAAAAAUAAUCACAAAGUGAUGGUCUCUGUUAUUCUAAGGUCAGGAAGGAAGAAGGAAGCAAAAUAAUGAUAGCGGUGUUCAAAGAGCAGCCUUUAGUGCACAAAAACCAGGACAGAGUAUCCUCUAGAGGAGCUUGUGUCUAAUGGGGGAACUCUUUCCACAAAAAGGUGAAUAAAGUUACAGCCUUGAAAGAAAAUAAAUUUAUUUAUUUUAAUAUUCAGAAAUUUACAGUUGCGCGAGGGGAACUGCAACCAGAAAAGAAUGGAGAACUGCUCAUCUGUUCAGCAGAACUGGGCAAAGCAUUGAUCAUGACUGAAAAAACGUGUUAAAAACUCAAAGGCAGAGAAAAAGCAGCAGGGAUGUGUGAGCCAGCACAGGCAGGAUGCAGGAAAAACCACAAAACCAUGAAUGAAAUGCAGGGUAAAUUUUAUUUUCAUUACUUCGCCAACCGGGGGAUGCCCAAAGCAGCACCCGGGCAGAAGCACACAAGCGGGAACGUAGGCACCGCUGAGCUCGGUCCAUGCUAGAGGAUCACUGACCCUGCUGUUUUCACCUGUUUAUCGAGGAUACAUGCAAGCAUAGUUUACCAUUGUGCUUUGAUCUUUCCCACAACAGGGCAGGAAUCUCGAGCAUGUUCUCAGGCUGUCUCUGAAUCUUGCCAUAGGCCUGUGUCGCCUACACACAGAUGUUCUACUUGUGCAACACACAGGGCCAAAUAACAAUUAGUACGAUAUAUGUGUUUUUCGACACCUCAGCUGCAAGUCACUUGAGCACGUUUACAAUCCCUUUUGCCAAUCUUCUGUUAUUUUCCCACAAGGCAAGAACGCCCUAGUAACCGUUUGAGAUUUGGAAAUGGAUGGGGAGUCACAUAAAAAGCGAGAAUAAAGCUUCCUGGCUCAAAGCAAGUAAAAAAUAAUAGCAUAGAGUCAGAAGGGCUGGAGCUUCAAAAUAAGUCAUAACUAACAAGGUAGUAAAAAGUAAUUCUACCAGAAAUAAAGAAUAUUUAAUUCCAGUAGUUAAUGGGGAAAUAAAGAAAGACAAUGUAAGGAAGGUUGCACUGCAGUAUGUUGCCCUAAUUUUUCAAAAAGAUUUAAAAGACAGGGAGUAUAGGCUCCAGAAUAUAAAAAAUAGCCUAAAGGAUUUUUAGGUUGAAGAGAGGAGUUCGUGUCAGCAAAGAAUACUGAAAUUCACUGUACGUAAUUUAAUAAUCCCCUUGAAGCAUAUUCUGAAGAUUGAUUGCCUGUAAGAACACAGAGAGGAUAUGGGCUGUGAAUGUCCGUAGGAUUUUCCUGUAAGCCGUUUAGAGCUUGCAUUGAAUGAGGCUCAGGAUCUCAUAAGUGCAUCACUUUUCUUAGGAUAUGUGUUGAAGCUGUAGCUCACGUUAGUACUUCCUUAACUUGAAGUAGGUGAAUAAUCCCACAAAUUUCAGCGUGCCUUAUUCAGGCUUUCCAGGAGUUCUUCCUAAAUUCCAUGGGGCAGACGCACUUUGAAAUAGAUGCUUUAGUUUGUUUUCCUGUGAGUGAAAGGUAUUUAUCACAUCACAAACUGUUCACGUGGAGUAUCACUGUCAGUCAAAGCUAGCCGUGAACUUGUUGCAACUUAGCAACAAAGCUCUUCACUUUUUGAAUGAACAACAGGAACCUGUUAGUUGGUACUUGGUAAAUGAAUCCACAGAAUAUGUGGGACUGUCCUGCCUCUACCUAAAGGUUAAAAAAACGGAAAAAAACCCCAACACCUAAACAGCCUACAUAUUAGGCUUUUGAAACAGUGAGAACAAAGUUGAUUACCUCUGCGUCUUGUUUAGCUUGUACAUCUAUAAACUAGGUUUGCCGUUCAUAGAUUAGAUUUCAUCUAAAACCAACCAAAACCAUACUCGCUGUCAGCCCUAAUACUUUUACUCCCUUGUUAAGCAAGUGAGGGCAGUUGAUCUCUUCUUGCCACAGCUAAUAUCACAGAAAUCAGGCUUUGUCCAAGAAGAGAGAUGGCCUAGUGCUUACUCAGGGUGUCCAGGGAUGGAACAGCCAUUCCAAACCUGAUGAUGAGGAAAACAAAACAAAAGCAACCAGAUUUAGAAGAGAUGGAAAUCUUAAAAAUGACCAGGCGGGACAAGACCGGAAGGAAGAAGCAGCUCAGGGGGUAUCUGGAGAAUGGCAGCAGAGCAGGUGGGUGGGAGCAGCUCUGUCCCUGUUCCCCGCCCUCAUCAGCGUUCUGCCUCAGCCUCCGCUGGCUUCCCAGGGAAUCAUGGUGGGAAGUUUUCUCUGCUAUGCUACCAAGGCUUUUAUAGUUGUAAAAGACAAUAAAUGAACAUUACACUCUAUCUGAGCAAUAUGAGCUAUUAUCACUUGCAGAAUCCCUUGAUUUAGUUUUUAUGUACUGUAUAUAUAACCACAGAUGGGAAAGGAACUUCUGGGGCUUUCAGACCUGGUCCCCUACCUUCAAUGGCUGCCAAUUGCUGCAGUCCUGUUAAUCCUGGUUAGGAAUAUGCAGCUGGCAGUAAUUGUUAUUUAAUGUUGGCAGAAUCAGACAGGCAGCUGAACUUAAGUGAUUGGUGCCCCUGUGAGCAUGUGCUACACCACUUGCGUGUUUGAAUCAAUGCGAUCAGUCAGUGACAGUUUUAAAAAACACAAGAGCUUUCAUUGCUUCCUGUGACUGUUCCCAAACGCUCUGGGACACUGGAAGUGUAUUGUUCAGAUCUAAGUUUCAGACUGAAUGUAAAGAAAUGCUUUAGUUACCCCUCCAAUCUGGUUAUUUUCCUGAAGACAUGGUCCUAUAAGGUGCUAAUUUUGAAGGGGAAACGAGGGCACAAAGUUCCUCUGCUUCUUUUUAGCCAAUCAGUUUGAUUUCUUUGACCACUCUAAGACCUUGCCCUUAAAGCGUUUAUGCGUUUUGUGUCUUUCCAAAACGCGUUUUGUGUCUUUCUCCAGCGGAGUUGCUGAGGAAUGCUGCUGUGCUGCAGAGAGGCUGACGGUGAGAAGUUUACUAAACCUCUCUGAAAUGUGUAACUCAAGGAGGGCGACAGUCUCCUUUCUCAUGUGAGUCAGAAAAGCCACUGACAAAAAUGGCAUCAUGCCAGGGAAAUUAGAAAAACAAGAUGCACAUCUCACCAAAAUCUUAUUUUCUGUCCAAUAUAUUACUUAUUUGUUAUGAAAGCCAAUCUACCCUUAAGCCUUGCUCACACAUGUAAAGCCAAGAAAUGUAGAAUAAAAGCUCAGCAAAGAGAAAGAAAUAAGUAUACUGCCCAAUGCUUGGCCAUUUUGUCCUGUAUCUAGCUCUGCAAGGGGAUAAGAGAAGACAAAAUGUUUAAAGAUUUCAAAGCUCUAUAGAAUGUGCCCUAUCAAACCAGAAGAAAAUCUUCAUCAACUAGGAAUAAUGAGUUGCAUGCAUGUUUUUCUUGCAUUCAAUCACUGUACAUUGCUGCGCUGCACUCAUUUGUACUUUAAAAUCUGCUAUGGUGAAAGAACCAGUCAUUCUCAUAAACACCUAGCCAACAAAGCAUCACACUUCAAACUGUAAGAAUAAAAAUGCAGAAAUGUUUGUCUAGUUUUCUGAAUUUUUUUUGGUAGUAUGUUCUUCAGGUCCAUCUUACCUGGUGGGCUGUGCUCAAACUUCCUGGAAAACAAAUUCUAAAGGAGAACGCUUGUAGUUAAUUUAUUUCAGUUAAUUACUCUCUGGCUCCAAGGAAUAGGUAAGGAAAGCAAGAGAGAGAAAACAAAGCUGUGGGAAUAAGUGUAGUAAAAUGGCAGUGCUACAGCAGAUGUGUUGAGAUUUGUGGUGUCUUGUAAAGGAGACAAGUUCCACGGCUGGGAUCCAUGGGCUGGUGCAGUUUUCAGCAAGUUACCUAGGACAAGCUGGCAUAAUUUCAAGUGAUUGUUUUAUUCUGCAGGUUCAAGCAAUAUUUGUAGCUUUUUGUUGAACCCUCUGCAGUUGCAAGAUUUAUAAACUUUUUGUUAUUGGUGGCGUGUUAGUGGCUUUCCAAAUAAAGUAAU